AUGGACGCCAUCAAGAAGAAGAUGCAGGCCAUGAAGAUCGAGAAGGUAUCCGUUCAAGUUCUUCACUUGUUCUGUACAUUGCGCCACCUUGCUGCCAUAUCGAAAUAACUUAUAGAGAAAGAUUCUUAUGUACCGUAAUAUAAAUUAUAUGAGAUUUAAUAUCUAGUGCUCGUAAGUAUUGUGCUCGUAAGCAUCUAGUGAUCUCAAUGAGAAACUGAGCGUAGAAAAGAUAAAAAACAUCAUAUCCUCAUAGGCUUGUGUAAAGAUUUUGGCUCAUUCUAGCUUACAAUUUAGCGGGGGACAACAACUAACUAGUGUAAUACGAAUUUUGCAUUUGCUUUUUUUCCAUAACAUAUUCUCCUUCUAAUGACUACAGUAACAAAUUCUUCUUCAGGACAACGCUCUCGAUCGGGCCGAUGCUGCUGAGGAGAAGGUUCGUCAGAUCACUGAGAAGCUCGAGAGAGUUGAGGAGGAGCUCAGAGACACCCAGAAGAAGAUGACGCAGACCGGAGACGAUUUGGACAAGGCUCAGGUACGGUUAAAGUUCAGAAAGUGUACCGUAUUCACUGGCUUUACAGGAGGACCUCUCUGCUGCCACGUCCAAGCUCGAGGAGAAGGAGAAGACCGUUCAGGAGGUAAAUCUCUUUUAAUUUCAAGUUGUUCGUUUUUGCUUUGUGAUUACCAACUUUCAAAAAUUCUUCGGUUCUAAUACAGCAUUCAGGUCUUUUUCCACCAACACAGUACGUACGGUUCAUGAAAAGUGAAAGGUUUGUCAUAUGUAUACAGAAACGUAGUUCUUUUUUGGAUGGUAUUCCAUGGGGAUUGGGAUUCAAACAAGUCAAUUAAUCCGUUAAUUAGUCAGAAUAGAAAGUGAGAUCGAGGCAUACCCACCAGCUAGUUCUGUGUCCUUUCAUUUCAUUCCACAUCUUUCCUCACAUUGACGAUGAUGAUCCAUCCGCGGUUUUCCUCCGUCCUUUUCUUCCAUUCCCUGCCAUUGUUUUUGUUGCGCUCUUAUUUUAUUUUGUAUUCCGAUACAUGUAUACAUUCGAAGUGAAUCAUCAAACACAGUAAGCCUGGGCAACCGCCCACUGCUUCUCACUACAGUAGGACGUCCAGACGAACGGGCGCACUGAAUUGAUUAAGAACUUAAAAAAUUCUUGGAUUCACCCGUAGGUUCCGGCUUUGACGCAAACCUCCCCCUUGCUUCGCCCUCCAAAACUAGAUAUCUUUUGAUCCUCUAUCGUAUGUUCUUUACACUGAUAUAACGAAAACGCAUAGUGUUAUUUUCAAAUGCCGUUGUCGACUACUGUAGUUUUUGAUAGGAAACUCGUUCAGCGAAAGUUCAUCUGAGAACUCCUUUAUUUUUUCAUCACAAUCAUAUUAAUCUGAUUUUUUCAAAAGUUGGACGUUCUUCCUGAGGUUUUAAAGUAGAUCCCAACCUGAUGCGCUUUUUCUCUAGCUAUCCAGCGUGAAUGUUGAGGGAAAGGAAGAAGAAGAUAAAAUUCGAGUGUGUGCCGCGCCAUUCAAAAUCUCUAGUGUCUGAGUCUCUAGCCUUCGGUGAGCUACCUCCGCCAACUGAUUACAACGAGAGCUGUUUGCUUUACAACAAUAUUUCCUCUCGUGCUCCCGCGGGCGAGAGAGCGACUCACUGAGCAGCAGCUUCUUCUUCGAGCGCUUCCCUCCCCCGCAUUUCUCGGGAGCCCUCGGCAAGUUAAGAAAGAAGGGAAAGAGUGGCAAGGCAAGGCCGGCAGCGAAGAAGAGGGAAAACCGACGGCAUUGAAAUGUCGUGUAAAAUAAUGUUAGGGCAGCAAAGAAAGUAGGCUCCCUACCAAUUAGGCACCUCCGAGGCACGUGCGGACAAUACCGUGUCCCGGGCCGGUUCUGUCAAUGCGCACAUACGGAAGAGGGACGGAGAACAUGUAAUUCGGGUAAAUACUAUGUGUCUCUAUUGUUGGAAGGAACGCCGUCUGCUGACUUACCCGGACUUCUUCUUGUUCUUGUUGUCCUUCCGGUCACCCAAAACACUUGAGAUGACUAUCUGAGUGCGGAGAGCGAGAAACGAAUUGUAGAAUGAAAAAUUUCGAGAUCAUCAUCUCCGAAUAGGUGUUUCAAUCGAAUUCCGACAUUUCGCUUUUGUCUCUUUCGCAAAAUGAGAUGCCAAUGGCAAUCCACCAACCCACAUGCCAAGAGGGAUAUGUCAAAUGGUUCUUUCUUUCCUUCUCUGGGUGCUUGCGGUUUAUGCACAUCCUCAUACAACUAAGUGAGUCUGGGAGGGCGCCUUUUCCUUUUCUUUCUGCUUUUUCUCGUUUCUUCUCCUUCAUACUAGUCGUUGUAGAGAAGCGUAGUAUUAAAUUACUUUGGUCCUUGCAAAUAGAUUUUAGAUGGUAGCAACUCAAGCUCCAGAUGUGUCCCUUCUGUCCGAGCAGAACCAAACAUCCAAGAUAAAUGCAAUCCAUUUUUCGAGAAUGUUGACCUAAUAGUUUUCGAUAGGUAUUCAAUAGAACCUUGGUGUUCCAGUUUCAAUGUGGCAAGAGAAGAAAGUAACGAUGUUUGCUUCCUCACAGUUAGUGUGUUCUUCUUCUUCAUCAUCUUCUCGCAGCAAAAGUCUCUAGCUUCUCUCUUCCCAUCCACACUAAAGUACUGUCAGCACUGCCUCGCUCUUCCGCCUUGCAUGGUAUCUCCAUGCUCUUUAUCGUCUCGACCUCUUUGUAUCGCACUCGCCCACCGCCACUCCGCCCUUCUCCUCCUCCGAGUUUUUUCUUCUGUUUGUCGAGCAAGUGGGGGCGCUGGCUGUGGCGCCCUCAGUCAUCUCGAUAGACCUUCAUUGCACACUCACUCACGCACUUCGCCUGUCAGAGUUGACUCACAGCUCUGCGAGUAGUGUGUAUGGUAACCUAAUUUCUGAUCGUUCCUAUUUAUACGCCUUUCUUCUUGCUUUGAGGAAUUCACUUGUUUUCCUACCCGUUCCGUUUCCUCUCCACAACCUUUCUUGCUCUGAAACUAGUCGUCGGUGUCUUCAGAAUGUCGAAGGUUAACAAGGAAGGAGCUCAGCAGACCUCGCUGCUCGAUGUCCUCAAGAAGAAGAUGCGGCAGGCCCGCGAGGAGGCCGAGGCCGCCAAGGACGAGGCCGAUGAGGUCAAGAGACAGCUCGAGGAAGAGCGCAAGAAGCGCGAAGAUGUAGGCUUUUCCUUACUGUAUUCUUUCAAAACUAUCUAUUAUGCCUCCGGGAAGUCCACGCGAAUCUCAUUAUUCUUUAUGAAACAAGAGUGCGUCGAGGCCCCGGCGGCACUAAGUCAACAAUUCAUAAAGUGGCUUCUUGGAAGUACGGUAGCUUUGUAUUUGUCGUCGAUCACUACUCGAAAUGUCUUAGGCUCUAGGGGUAACUGCUAAGUUAAGAAUGUUCUAGGCUGAAGCUGAGGUCGCUGCCUUGAACCGUCGUAUUGUGCUUGUGGAGGAAGAUUUGGAAAGAACCGAAGACCGCCUGAAAGUUGCCACAUCGAAACUUGAACAAGCAACGAAAGCAGCCGAUGAAGCUGAUCGGUUAGUUCAAUUAUUUUUUGCAUUGGUGUCCUUUUCAGGCUGAGGCUGAGGUCGCCUCCUUGAACAGACGCAUGACCCUCCUAGAGGAAGAGCUCGAGAGAGCCGAGGAGCGUCUUAAGAUCGCCACUGAGAAGCUCGAAGAGGCCACGCACAACGUCGACGAGUCCGAGCGGUAGGCAAAGUGACGCCAUCGAGCUCUUUGUCUACCGAAAUACUGCCAGUCGUGUCGAAGUGUCCAAAAUUUUUCAUGUUGUGACGUUCUUGUCCUCGUCUCCAUAUUAUCCUUUUCUCAGCGCGCGCAAGUCGAUGGAGACCCGCUCGCAGCAAGAUGAGGAGCGUGCCAACUUCCUCGAGACCCAGGUGGACGAAGCCAAAGUUAUUGCCGAAGAUGCUGAUCGCAAAUACGAAGAGGUCUCUGAGGAACUAGCAUGAAAACUGCGCGUGCUUUAUGUCUUGUCUUGUGUCUUGAACGUUGUACCCCUCCUAAUACGUUUGACGUUUUGAAAGAAAUCUAAUCCGUUUAUAGAUCGAGAAAAGCGUUGAGCAACCAGAUUGAGCUUGACGAUGAUCGGUGCGCAGAACUGGAAAGAAAGCUGAGAGAGUGUCAGUCGCUUUUGCAUGAGACUGAAAACAAAGCAGAUGAGGUAGUGUUUUUGUUUUAACUUUUAUUAACCACUAUACACAAAUUAUUUUAUCUCUUAAAAUAAGUUCCCAAUCUUCGGUUUGCUUUGUAAUUGUUCCUGUCCGUGCCUCUGUCCUUCGAUUCAUUCACACACUGGAAGUUAUUGGUGGCAAAGCUCAGGCGAAUUUAGAGUGUCCGGGAUCCAAGAUAAAAUCGUUCCAGUGUGCGCAAGGUGAUGGAGAAUCGCUCCCUUCAAGAUGAAGAGAGAGCCAACACCGUUGAGGCUCAACUCAAGGAGGCCCAGCUCCUCGCUGAGGAGGCUGACCGCAAAUACGACGAGGUUAAAUGAAUGAUGGUGCAAUCACUAACUGUCUUUUCUGCAUAUAAUUUUUAUACUAAAAGAAUGCCGUCUAAUAACUUUUAUCUGUAGAAGAAGUUCUCACUCUUGAAUCUUUCAGGUCGCUCGUAAGCUCGCUAUGGUUGAGGCUGAUCUCGAGAGAGCCGAGGAGCGUGCCGAGGCCGGAGAGAAGUGAGUAUUUCUUUAUUUUCUCUCAACCACAAUUACCCCAUCAUCUUCCUGUUUUCAUUUAUUUCACGCUUCCUAACCUUUCUAACCUAAACCGCUUAGUAUUUCUUUACACCUACACUCACAGCAAAAUCGUUGAACUCGAAGAGGAGUUGCGCGUCGUCGGAAAUAACCUGAAAUCUCUUGAGCUUUCUGAGGAAAAGGCUCUUGAAAAGGAGGACAUCUUCGCCGAGCAGAUCCGUCAGCUCGAUUUCAGACUGAAGGAGGUAUAGACGAGUCCAUGCGUCCACAAUCGACUUCAAUACACCCCAACCUUAUGGAAACCUUUUGAACUUGCUCUAAUCCCAUCGCUUAUUACCUAAAACGCUUCAAACUUUGUUUACCUUCAUUUCGAUUCAAAUACCAAAAUACUAGAUAGUUUGCGUGAGAAGACUAACACCUUGCAGGAAAUCUCGUAGCGCCGAGUCAGAAAUGCGCGGCCUAGCUGUCAAUCUGCGCGACGCGGAAGAGUGUAUCGAGCAGUUGAACCAAAGAGAUCAACAAUCCAGCGCCAUCCUAAGAUCAGCUGUAGAAUUCCGCCAGGAGGUUGCCCUGCCCUUACUUGUUCGCAUGCUUGCACUCUCGCUAACCAAAUUGAAUAUUCAUAUUCCCUUAUCAUUGUGAUAGACUUUUCCCCAUAGUGUCGUCCUCUGAUUUUCAGCAAGAUCGUCGAGCUCGAGGAGGAGCUUCGUGUCGUCGGUAACAACUUGAAGUCGCUUGAGGUGUCCGAGGAGAAGGCCCUUCAACGCGAGGAUUCGUACGAAGAGCAGAUCCGCACCGUCUCAUCCAGACUGAAGGAGGUCACUCACUUGUUUCUUCUGUGUCUUUGUAGUCACGUGGCCUGUCAUUAAUAUGUGAUCUGUAUCGUGCUACGUAAAAUUGUUCAUUCGUAAAAAAAUAAUUGCUUUUCAGGCUGAGACCCGCGCUGAGUUCGCUGAACGCUCCGUCCAGAAGCUCCAAAAAGAGGUCGACAGACUCGAAGGUAAGAGUACGGUAGAAUAUUGUAGAUUUGUCGUUCUUGUUGGUUUUUUUUUGUAAUUGUACAGGGUCUUUUGAGUCUUAUAGUCCAUGUCGAAUGUAUAUUUGUUCUACGUCUAUGUCACAGAUGAACUGCUUCUCGAGAAGGAGCGUGUGCGAAACUUGACCGAAGAGAUCGAACAGACUGUCCAAGAGAUCCAAGGAUCCUAAAGAGUACGGUAGACGUGAAUGAAUGUUGCAUGAAAUGAAAUAGAUCAGAAGUAUGAACAGCAUGAUUUGUCAGAGUUACGUGUACGAUAAUGAUAUUCUUGACGUGUAAUGGUUUGACUAAUCUCUCGUUUCAGAAGAUCGCGAUGCGGAAGUCCGCAAAGCUCGCCAAUUGCAAGAAGAGCUCGACCAUAUGGUCCAAGAGCUCAACUCAGUUUGAAUGUCUUCCUUCUCAACCUGCCAACAACAAAAAUGUGUGUAUAAACUAUCGUUCCUAUGUCAAUGUUCCUUAACUUCUUCUGCUGUGAGGUGAUGCCUGAAAUUAUAUCUAUGUGAGUUCGAUGUUGACAUUCCCAUCUAACAGCCUGUUUUCCCAACUGUAAAUUCUUGGUUAACAUUUGUUUUUUCAGACGAAUUGGUGCACGAGAAGGAACGCUACAAGGCCAUCUCCGAGGAACUCGACUCCACCUUCCAAGAGCUCUCCGGAUAUUAA